AUGCCAGGGCAACCUGGCCAGGCAGCUGGAAGCACAGCUCAGGCCCGUAGCCCAAAUGCUGACGCUACCUCGCCUGUCGGCUUCGGAGUCCGCUGGCGCAGGAGGUACGACUUCACGCACGUCACUUCAAGCCCUCAUUAUCUGCAGUCAAACGGGCUUGCGGAAAAAGGUGUGCAGGUUGCGAAGCGCAUCUUGAAAAAAACUGCAGGUUCGGGCGACGAUUUCUGGCUGGGCCUGCUGGUCUGCCGCUCUACCCCACUGGAGUACGGGCGAUCCCCUGGUGAGCUACUUCAAGGAAGGCGCCUUCGCGCCAAUCUCGCCGACUUCAGUGCGGUGACCGCAACCGACGUCGAGAAGCACAGCCAGGCCCAAGGGGGAAGACCUUUGCCUCCUCUGCAGAAUGGUGUCGUCGUGAGGCUCAGAGACGCUGCAUGGCCCCGAAAAGCUCAAGUGGUGGGUUCGCCAUAUCCAAGGGCCUACUUUGUCAAAACAGAGGACCAGAAGCUGCUAAGGCGCAGUCGUCGUAACCUACUUCAAACUGGCGAACGGUUCGUCGAGGAAAGCGACGGCGACAUUGAUACCAGCCCUGCGGACAACAGUGUUGGUGGCCAUCCGACAGUGGCAACCUCAACCUCGCCAGCCAACGGCCGACGUCGCGAAGUUCCGAGGUCGGGCGACCCUUCGCCACUUGUGGUGCGUCAGUCAACUCCACCACCGACGCCAGCUUUGAGAAGGUCGGCUCGAACCGUGAAGCCACCACAGCGUCUUCAUUAUGACAAGGACUUUAAACCAGUGUUUGAUAUCUUUUUUUGA